AUGACGGCGCGCUACAUCAUAAGACAUGGGUGGCCGCAUUUCAAAUCCGAGGCUGCGCAGGUAUGGCAAGAGUACAAGACGGGCGCGCGGAGCCGCAUCCCAACUGUCGAGGACGACGACUUCACGGCGGGCGAGCGCCUUUUAGAUGACGAGGAUGGCAGCCUGGAAAUGUUCGAUCCCCGAGCCAGCGACGACGGCAAGCUCACCUUCCUCGAGACGGCGAAACUCUCCCUAGAAUUUUCGAUGCUAUGGUUCACUGCCAACUACUUUGCGUCGGCAUGUCUCGAGUACACAAGCGUGGGGAGCGUGACCAUCCUGACGUCGACGAGUAGCGUCUGGACCCUCGUGUUUUGCUCGCUCCUGAGAGUCGAGUCGUUCACCUCGAGAAAGCUCAUCGGGGUCAUGGCGUCGUUGGCCGGUGUCAUUCUCAUCUCGACCGUGGAUUUGACGGGCAGCAACGACGAGAAUCGCGGGUCGUUUCCCCACAAGACUCUGUCGCAGAUUGCCAUUGGCGAUGCCAUGGCGUUUGUGAGUGCCAUCAUCUACGGGCUCUACGUGACGGUGAUGAAGCUUCGGGUUGGGGAUGAGGACAGAGUCAACAUGCCGCUCUUCUUUGGCCUGGUCGGCGUCUACUGUCUCGUCUUCCUCUGGCCCAUCUUUUUCAUCUUGCACUUCACCGGCCUCGAAACUUUUCAAAUGCCCCCGACUGCUAAGAUCUGGGUCAUCGUUUUGGGCAACUCCGUGGCGUCUUUCGUCAGCGAUAUCUCGUGGGCGUAUGCCAUGCUCUUGACCACGCCGCUCGUCGUGACGGUGGGCCUAUCUCUAACGAUCCCGCUCUCUUUGAUCGGAGAGAUGAUCCAGUACUCGCAAUAUUCAAGUGUGGUGUACUGGAUCGGGGCGGCUGUCGUGUUCGUUUCCUUCUUGUUUAUCAACCACGAGAGCCACGAGGACCCAGCGGCCAAGACGCAGAGCCAGCACGAGGAAGGAAGGUUAUAA